UCAAGCAGUCUUAAAGCACUUUCUCAGGACAGGAAACUUACGUUUUUCUAUUGUGACUCCGUCCCACUGGGGGACCAGCUCUCUCUGCUCCACAGAGAGCUCAAACACUCUGGUACUAAGCUCAAGGGGAUACCAAGGCUCAUACACUGAAGAUUUCACAGAUUUGUUUUUGUCCCUUAAGAGAAAGGAGGUCUUUUUAUAUUUUAUUUUAUAAGAAAUGGGAGACUAUGAUGAAGACACUGCCUUCCUUGGACAGACUGGUCCUUAUUUCUGGACCACAUUCUUCCUCCUAAACACAGUUUUUGUCUCAACCGGAUUCAACGGGCUUUACAUGGUCUUUAUUGGGGCAACUCCGAAACAUCACUGCCUCAUUCCGGACAUUAACUUAACUGAGGAGUGGACAAAUGCCAUUAUUCCUUUUACAAUGGUGAAUGGGGAGAAGGUGCAGAGCCAGUGCAGCAGAUACAAGCUGGAUGUGGUGAGAAAUCUCUCCUCUGAAGGACAUAUUCCUGGAAGGGAUCUCAACCUCACUAACCUGGAGCAGGAGGGAUGUUCAGAUGGAUGGAACUACAGCAAAGACAUCUACCAAUCCAACAUAGUCACGGAGUGGGACCUCGUUUGUGACAAUCAGUGGAAGGUUCCCUUCGCAUCCUCGACUCUCUUUGUGGGAUACCUCUUUGGGUCCCUAAUCUCAGGCCAUCUUUCUGACAGGUUCGGGAGGAAGAAGGUUGUUUUCAUCUCUCUCGUGGCCCAGUGUGUCUCCGUCAUGCUUCAGUCCUUCUCUCAUUCAUGGAAGAUGUUCUGCAUCAUGUACCUCUUUGUCGGAGCCUCCCAGAUAUCCAUCUAUAUAUCUGCAUUUGUUCUAGGAACGGAGGUUUUGAGUAAAACGAUGCGAGUGCUCUUCACAACUCUCGGGGCCUUCCUUUUCUAUUGUAUUGGGUACAUGACACUACCCUGGAUUGCAUACGGCAUCCGAGAAUGGAGGACUCUGCUUGCCGUUCUGUCCGCAACUUCCAUUGUCUACGUCCCACUGUGGUGGUUCAUCCCAGAGUCUCCUCGGUGGCUGAUCACUCAGGGAAGAGUGGAGGAGGCUGAGGCCAUCGUGAGAGAUGCUGCAAGGAAAAAUAAGGUGGAAGCACCUGCUGUAAUCUUUAAAGAAUCUGAGGCAUCUACCCAAAUCAAGAAAUACACCAUGCUUGAUAUCCUAAAAUCCAAGAACAUCAGAUGUAUAACAUUGAUGUGUUUCCUUUUGUGGAUGGCAAUAAACAUUGGUUAUUUUGGAUUAUCCCUGAACACCUCCAACCUGAGCGGCGACCCCUUCAUGAACUGUUUUUUAUCAGCUUUGACUGAAGUCCCUGCUUAUGUUGUUUCUACUUGGCUGCUCGGGAGAUGUCCAAGAAGAGCCCUUCUGUCAUCGUUCCUGGUCAUCGGAGGAGGAGUUCUUCUUCUAAUCCAGGUCAUCCCUGAAAACCUUCAGUAUCUUGCUGUGGUGCUGGAAAUGACUGGAAAGUUUGGCUUCACCAUGGCCUUCAGCAUCGUCUACAUCUACACCGCUGAGAUUUACCCCACUGUACUCAGGAAUGUCGGCAUGGGAAUGUGCUCCUCUGCUGCACGCAUUGGCAGCAUCACAGCUCCUUAUGUCAUCUAUUUAGGUACUUAUAACAAGGCGCUGCCUUAUCUCCUCAUGGGAAGUCUCACAAUUGCCUCCUCUGUUGUGAACUUCUUCCUUCCUGAGACCCUCAAUAGAGAUCUUCCAGAAACAGUGGAGCAGAUGCAAGAAUGUCAGGGGUUGUGUAUUGGUCUCAAAAAGAGGAAAUAUGUAGAAGAUAAAGGAAGGAAGAAGACACUUAUAUAACAUGAGGUCAGAUCUGAUCUGCAGACUCUGACUCCGUAGUUUUCCUCAACGGCCUUACUACACUUUUAAGACAGAAAGACAGAAAAAACAUUUCUCUUGCUUCUGAAUCUGAAAUCUGAAACUAAAAUCCAAAACAUGCAGUUGGAUCCAAAAUAUUUUUAAAACCCUUUAUUUUUCUACUCAGUUGUUAAUUCAAGAAUCCUUUUUGAAAUGGUGCAAAGCAAAAAUGGUUAGAUCUUAACAUGUUGUAUGCAAUUGAAAUUGUCUGAUUGGUCUCAAAUCUUUUGUCACAUGAAAUAUGAACAUAUGAAUCCACCCAACACACAGCAGUUGUUUUUGUUUUUUAACAAAUAAAGGAUCCUCGUUUCUCAAUG